AGGUCAGCCUCAGCCAGUGCUGCAGGCAGUCUGACUCACAGUUCCCCCAGUGAGUUCGGAGGAGCGUCUGCCCACCAGAGGAUGGCCCAAGUCCUGCACGUACCCGCCGCCUUCCCAGGCACCCCUGGCCCGGCCUCCCCGCCGGCCUUCCCCGCCAGGGACCCCGACCCGCCCUACUCCGUGGAGACGCCCUACGGCUACCGCCUGGACCUGGACUUCCUCAAGUACAGCCUGGAGCCGUGCGGGGCGGGGCUGCGGGUUCCGAGGGGCCCCCCGGGCUCCAAGGAGCCCCCCGUGUUCUGCAGCCGUGAGGUGGUGGAGAGUCUGAGCGUGGAGCCCGCCGCGGCCACCAGCAGCGUCCACGCGGUGAAGAUCAGCAUCACGGAGCCAGGCUGCGCGGGGGCGCUGGGUCCCCCCCAGGCCUCUCCAGAAUCAUCCUCAGCGGGCCUGGGGCCCACAGUGGCCUCCCUGGCACAGCCCGAGGAGCUCGCAGGCCAGGCCCCCGCCCCUGACACCACCCCUACAGAGCCCACCAGGCCAGCGGCCUCCCAAGAGUCUGAGGAGGCUGGGGGUGCAGGCGGGCCCCUGCCAGGCUUGCGGUCCAUCAUGAAGCGGAAGGAGGAGCCCGCGGACCCCACGGCCCACCGGAGGAGCCUCCAGUUCAUGGGGGUCAAUGGCGGGUACGAGUCGUCAUCAGAGGACUCCAGCACAGCAGAGAACAUCUCAGACAACGACAGCACAGAGAACGAGGCCCCAGAGGCAGAGGAGGAGCGAGUUCUGAGUGUAGCUGACGCCCCGCAGCUCAGGCCUGCGGGGAUAGCAGCAGCCAAGACUGGUGGACAGGAAUGCCAGCUCUCUCGGGAGUCUCAGCACGUGCCCACAUCGGAGGGGGCAGAGGGAUCCAGUGUGGAGGAGGAGAUCCGGAUGGAGUUGAGCCCUGACCUCAUCUCGGCCUGCCUGGCCCUGGAGAAAUACCUGGAGAGCCCCAACGCCCUCACUGAGCGCGAGCUGAAGGUGGCCUACACCACGGUGCUGCAGGAGUGGCUGCGACUGGCCUGCCGCAGCAACGCACACCCCGAGCUUGUGCGGCGCCACCUGGUCACCUUCCGGGCCAUGUCAGCGCGGCUGCUGGACUACGUGGUCAACAUUGCCGACAGCAAUGGCAACACAGCGCUGCACUACUCGGUGUCUCACGCCAACUUUCCCGUCGUGCGGCAGCUGCUCGACAGUGGUGUCUGCCAGGUGGACAGGCAGAACCGCGCCGGCUACAGCCCCAUCAUGCUCACUGCACUGGCCACCCUGAAGACCCCGGACGACCUCGAAACCAUCCUUCAGCUCUUCCGGCUUGGCAAUGUCAAUGCCAAAGCCAGCCAGGCGGGACAGACAGCCCUGAUGCUGGCCGUCAGCCAUGGGCGGGUGGAUGUGGUCAAAGCCCUGCUGGCCUGCGAGGCGGACGUCAACGUGCAGGAUGACGAUGGCUCCACAGCCCUCAUGUGCGCCUGCGAGCAUGGCCACAAAGAGAUUGCGGGGCUGCUGCUGGCUGUGCCCAGCUGCGACAUCUCACUGUCGGACCGUGAUGGGAGCACGGCACUGAUGGUGGCCUUGGACGCCGGGCAGAGUGAGAUUGCCUCCAUGCUGUACUUCCGCAUGAACAUCAAGUGCUCCUUCGCCCCCAUGUCGGAUGACGAGAGUCCUGCGUCGUCCUCGGCCGAAGAGUAGCCGGAGGGAGGCGGCUGGCUCCUCCCCAGCCGGUCCCAGAGCACACCAGCCCUCGGCCCUCUCCUGCCUGCUCCC